UCAGCAGUGCCACGUCAGACACAGUGCCACGUUAGCAGUGCCACAUCAGACACAGUGCCACGUCAGCAUGACGGGUCCAGCAAUGGGCCUGCCAGGCCAACUGGCCAACGAGUCCAUUGCCGCGUACAAACAAUCCAAGGCUGCCCAGCUACAGGUUGAAGCAGCGGCAACAGCAGAGAAGCUGCGGCUACAGGCCGAAGCAGACGCAGAUGCCCAGGCUCGCCGCAAGGAAGUCGAGGAUCUGCUACAGCGGCAUGAAGCCAACAACAUCGAGCGACUCAAGUACUGGCACUUUGAACCGAACGGCGACGACGCGACACCGGAGGAGCAGCAUAAGGAGUUCAUGGCCAAGCUCGUGACCAAGCUGGUUUACACUUGUAACCACCUACAGUCCGAGUUGGCGAACCUUCAGCGGGCUGUGCGGAACCAUAAGACGCAGCACGAGGAUGCCACACGGGCACUGGACGCCCGUGUACAGGACUUGGAACAUCCACCAAGACCUGAUGCUGGGGAUUCCAGCAGUGCACCCUCUAGCCGCCAACUGGAGGAACGCGUUGACCAAGUAGUGGCAAUGCUCGGCGACAUCAGCACCUUCGCUGCGCCGACCACCAUCAACAGUCAGCUGCAUACCUUGAAGACCGAGGUCCAGCAGCUGCAGUCGACGAACACGGAUGGCAAUCCUAAGAUGUACAAGAUGCCAACUUUCCAACUGGAAAAGUUCGACGACUACACGCAGCAGGAUCCGGUCCUCUCGUGGGAAGCAUUCACAACGCAACUCAGGAUUUUGCCGGUCGCUAAGCAUGUGUACAUCGGCGCCUUGUUCUUGAACUCAAAGGGCGGAUGCCAGACCUGGUUGACCCACCUGGCAACCUCCCACGGCAUCGACGUACCAGACUUGAAGGACAAGAUCACAUGGGAGGAACUGACACGACUGUGGAAGAAGCUGUUCAUCGUCGACGACGCGCUGGCACUCGCCAUCAACCGUCUGUUCACGAUGUCACAGGGCAACACCGCAACCCGGGAUUGGCUCACGGAGUGGCAUAAGAUUGUGGCAGUGCCCAAUCUGAACUUGCCAUUCACGCAUCUACGCCGUGAGUUCUACAAUAGGUCCUGUGCUGCAUUGAGCCAGGCUCUUGGUGAUCGCGAGCAAUACACCACCUUCACCGAAAUCAUUGACAAGGCGAGGGAAGAUCAUCAAGACCAACAGGCCAGCUGCACACGAGAAAUCAACAUGGCAGCCGACCUAUGUGGAGAAGGUGAGGCGACUCCACCUUCCACUCCGCUAGAUUCGGCCGCCUUGCUAGCGGCCUCCUGCACAUCUGGGGAGAACGCGAAUGUCGCAAGUUCUCGUUACACUUACGAGGAUUAUGCUGUCCACUUGGUUCCACCGCUGCACCAACCGCUCCACGUGCAACAAUCCAUCGCAUGCACGGUUUCAUCACCAUCGGCAACCGAUUCGGCAGCUUCGCCGCAAUCUAUCGCCGGGGACUCGACGUCAUGGUCAAGACUUGAAGAGCUCGACCCAUUGACGUUCACGGACUUCCAGUGGAUGCCCGUUCCCUCGACCGGACGAUUGUCGAAACCGCAUUGCAACGUACUCAUGGCACAAUUGCGGGACUACUUGCACACUGCAGUACCCACUCCGUUGAUGGACGCCGGAGUAGAGGUUGUCGACCUUCACGCCUACAUUGCGAAGAUUGACCGCGAGUUCAAGACGCAACGGUAUGACGACAUUGACUUACCAUUGCUAUACGUACGCAUUCAGAUCGGAGAGGCGACCUGCAACGCUUUAGUCGAUUGCGGAGCUACUCACAACUACAUUAGCCAGGACUUCAUGGACCGCGCUGGCCUUGGCCUACGCGUCUGGAGGAAGUCCCAGCCUACGCAAGUCACGUUGGCGGACGGUCGCGCGCACAAGUCAAUCGACCGGUGCAUCGACGACGUCCCAGUGUACUUUGCCCCUCAUGCAAGUGAGGCGGUGUCCUUUGACAUUCUGGACACCAAAUUCGACAUGAUCUUGGGCAUGUCAUGGCUGCGAAGCGAGGAUUACCCGAGUAUUAGUUACAUGCACGGUGCCUCUUCCUCAUCCUUCGAUCAACUGCCACGUGGUAUCCGCCGCAAGCAUGAGAGUUUCCAUCAUCAGAGACGACAUCGAGGAGAUGGGGGUGUGUUUUCUCCACGCCCUCCCGCCCCUUCAUCGACGGACUCAUCUUCGGAUCCACGCAUCACCGAACUUCUCGACGCCUACAGCGACGUGUUCGAAGGCCCGCACGGAGUAGUACCGGAUCGACCCAUCCACCACGAGAUCAUCCUCGAGGACAGGGCCGUACCUCCGCGCGGCUGCAUUUACCGAAUGAGCGAGGAAGAGUUAAGUGUGCUCUGUGCACAACUCAACGACCUUCUAGAGAAAGGCUGGAUUCGGCCUAGCUCAUCGCCAUAUGGUGCUCCUGUUCUCUUCGUCCGGAAGAAGAACAAGGACCUGCGGUUGUGCAUCGAUUAUCGCAAGCUCAACGCGCAGACAAUCACGAACGCCGACCCUCUCCCACGCAUCGACGAUCUUCUUGAGCGACUGGGCGGCGCCAAGUUCUUCUCCAAGCUGGACCUCAAGUCGGGAUAUCACCAACUCGAGAUUCACAAGGAGGAUCGCUACAAGACCGCGUUCAAGACACGGUAUGGGCAUUUCCAAUGGCUGGUCAUGCUGUUUGGCCUUACGAAUGCCCCAGCCACUUUCCAAGCGGCUAUGACAACGGAGUUCCGACACAUGCUGGAUCGGUUUGUACUCAUCUACCUCGACGACAUCUUGGUGUACAGUCGGAGUUUGGAAGAGCAUGUGGAACACCUGCGCACCAUUUUGGAGCGGCUACGACAGGCCAAGUGCAAAGCAAACCGCGACAAGUGCGAGUUCGCACAGCAGGAGCUGGAUUACUUGGUCCACUAUGUGACGCCGAAAGGCAUCCGUCCGCUUGCGGACAAGAUCGAGGCCCUACGAGUAUGGCCUGAGCCCACCAACACCACGGACGUUCGUUCAUUCAUGGGAUUGGCGGGCUAYUAUCARCGAUUCRUCRCCGGAUAYUCCAKGAUUGCUSCACCUAUGACGAGGUUACAGUCGCCAAAGGUGCCAUUCGUAUUCGAUGACGACGCACGCCGGUCAUUCCAAGCACUUAAGACGGCUAUGCUCAUGGCCCCUGUCCUUAGCAUCUAUGACCCCACCUUGCCGACGAGAGUGACUCCGGACGCUUCCGGCUAUGGCAUUGGGGCAGUCUUGGAACAGCACGACGGCGACGACUGACACCCUGUGGAGUAUUCCAGCCACAAAGUGC